AUGUUUUAUUUCUGUGUGAAACAGAGAGCAAAGUUCCCGUCCUCCAGGCCGGCGGACCAGCUGAUCCUGGACAGACAGAAGCAGGACGCCGUCAGAGACCAGGUCCUGGACUUCACAAAGAACCAGCAGUCCUGGGACAUCAAGACCUCGUGGCUGAAGAGUUCAGACCGACGUUUCCUGAGAGGAACCGUCCAGAGACGAGUCCAAACCGCUCUGAACCAACAGGAAGUCCACAUGGACGAGAGGAGAGACAGGUUGCGUUCCCUGUUGGAGACGGAGGAGCAGCAGCUCCUGCAGGAGAUGGAGGAGAAGACGGAGACGUCGGUGGAGAGACAGGCGAAGAUGAGAGAACGAGCUAAGAGCCUGAGGGAGAAGAGAGAGAGAGACAGGCAGCAGCUGGUCUCAGAGAAGAUGGAGCAGCUCUUCAGAGAGCAGUGUGACGAGCUGAGGACGGUGGAGAGCCGACGGCGGGAGCAGCAGGUGUGUUUGGAGCGAGCGGCUCAGGUGAGCGGCCGGCAGCAGCAGCAGCAGCAGCAGCAGCAGGAGGAGAAGCUGUUCCAGGAGCUGUGGGAAUCAGACCGCCGAGCCAAAGAGGAGAGGGAGGCCGAGCGGGAGGAGAGACGGCGGCAGAGGAACCGGCAGCAGCUGGAGGUCAUCAGGGGUCAGAUGGAGGAGGCGGAGCUUCAGAGACAGAAGUACCGAGAGCUGAGGGAGGAGGAGAAGGAGCUCAUGCUGCAGCAGCAGGAGAUGCAGCGGCUGCAGCAGCAGCGCAAGCAGCAGCGGACUCUUCAGGACCAGCGGACCCGGCGGCGGCAGCUGGAUCAGGGUCUCCGUCUGAAGAUGAGGCGUCUGUCCAGAGAGCAGCAGGACGAGCUGCAGCUGGACAUGAACAUCCUGCAGACGCUGCUGCAGCACGAAGUGGACGAGAAACAGGAAGCGGCUCAGAGGAAGGUGGAGCUGUGUGAGGAGCAGAGGAGGUACCGGCAGUAUCUGUCUGAGGAGCUGCAGACGCAGAGGAGGGAGGAGGAGGAGACGGAGCAGCUGAUGGAGGAGAUGCUGAAGGAGGUCUGGACCAAAAGGGAGCAGCAGAGCCGACUGCAGAGAGAGGCCAGGAACAGACUGAUGGAGGAGGUGAUGGAGGCCCGGAGGCUGCAGAUCCAACACAAACUGGACCUGAACUUACAGAAACAAAUGGAGCUUUCCAAAGAAAGAGACGAGAUGAACAGAGCAGCGGAGGAAACGAAGCUGAUGGACGACGAGGAGAAAAGAAGACUGAAGCAGACCUCGGAGGCGUACCAGGCCGACCUGAAGGCUCAGAUGAAGCAGCAGCAGCAGCUUCGGUUGGAGCAGAGAGCUCAGGCUGAGAAGGAGCACCAGCAGGGUCUGAUCCUUCAGGAUCUGUACGACCAGAGGAAGGAGGAGCUCCUGUCUCGGCCCACAUCUCACACCACCGCCACCCAUCCGUUCAGACGAGCUGAGGGAUCCGCUUCUGCCUCCAGACUCCGCCUCACAUAAUCAACAUGGAAGUAACACAUCAUUACUCUGAUGUUCUUCAAAAAGCAGAUCAGAAAAAUAAAUCAAGGUCUGUGAGCUUUGAAUUCAAUCCUUUCAAAACACUGACAUGUAAAUACAUCUUUACAUCAAAUCAAAGAGGACAUGACUCAAUAAAACAACAUUUAAAUAACAGCUUCUAGUCGUCAACAUUUACACUCAAACAUCGUUGUUCCAGAAUCACAGAAGGUCACAUGUUUGACAGAAAGAAUAUAAAAAACAAUAAAAUAAUACAUUUUAUAUAUAUUCUAAUUCACCAGGAAAAAGUGUUUUCAUGAUUUAAAAGUCUUCCAUAGAAAGUAAUCUGAAUAUUAUCUCUCUGUUUUAUUAGACGCAUUAACAUGUUGGCCUGAUGGUGGUGUUAGAUGAGAGGUUCAUCCUCAGGAGAACAUGAAUGAUAUUAACAUCCAUAGAGCUGCUCUCAAUGUAAUCAAAG